GGACGUGAAGCAGGUGGUGGGACAAGGCAAGAUGGCAGCGACCACGCCUGCCUCGUGGCUGGGCCGGGUUGGGCAGUGGUUGUAUACGCUGCUGGUGGAUCCGGCUUCCAUUUGGACCCUCGCUAUUCUCAUGCUCCUGGCCGAGGUUGUUCUGAACAUGGCCAUUAUUGCCUUUGUGCCCUACACGGAGAUUGAUUGGCAAGCCUACAUGGACGAAGUGGAAGGAGUCGUCAAUGGCACCUACGAUUAUACCCAGCUCAAGGGCGAUACGGGCCCGCUCGUCUACCCCGCGGGCUUUGUCUACGUCUUUCUCGGUCUCUACUAUGCCACAACCUAUGGCACUGCCAUUCGCACGGCCCAAUACAUCUUUGCCGGCCUGUAUCUCCUCAAUCUGCUUGUCAUCACGGCUCUCUAUGCCAAGGCCCGGAUGCCGCCCUACCUCUUUCUGUGGCUCUCCGGUGCCGCCUUUCGCAUCCACUCCAUCUUUGUGCUCCGGCUUUUCAACGACCCCAUUGCCAUGCUCUGCCUGUACAUUGCUCUUUGGUUCUUCCUGGAGAAGCGCUGGUCCCUCGGUAGUUUCUUCUUCAGCUUUGGUGUCGGGAUCAAGAUGAACGUGCUGCUCUACGCCCCAGCCCUGCUCUUUGUCUAUCUUGCCGAGCUGGGCGUCUACCGCACAUUUUGGCAACUUGCUAUCAACGGCGUUUUGCAGAUCCUUCUGGCCAUUCCCUUCCUAUUGGCCAAUCCCAUGGGAUAUCUUGCACGUGCCUUUGAUCUGGGCCGCCAGUUCAUGUACAAGUGGACCGUCAACUGGAAGCUGCUGUCCGAAGAAACCUUUUUGGAUCGCCGUUUCCACGUCGCCUUGCUGGGCCUCCAUAUCUGCCUUUUAGUGGUGCUGGCGCGCUCUUGGUUGCGACGUGUGCCGACAUGGGACGCCCUGUGGCGAGGCGGUGUGGCGCUGACACCUCGUGAUACACUAACCAUCCUUUUCACCGCCAAUUUUGUGGGCAUGGCUGUCUCACGCAGCCUCCACUACCAGUUUUACAGCUGGUAUUUUCACACCAUCCCAUUUCUCCUCUGGCAGACCCACCUUCCCAUCUGGGCUCGCGUUGAUGGGCUCUGUCUCCAUGCCUGCAACGCACUCGGCCAGGUUUCGCUCACUCUCAAAGACGCCAAUCAACGUGCCGUCCCGUUCGUCCAGGAACAAGCUGUACUGGUGCCAUCCUUGCCGUUGCAACGCCGCCUAAGCCAAAUUGACCUGACAUGA